GAAGCCACAUUUGUGUUGAGAGUAACCGACGCGAACUGACCCGCUCGGUUUAAUUUUUACUUAUUUUUCCUUCACGUUUACAUGCAGGUUCGUUUUUACCUCGGAGCGCACACUCAUAUACACACACACACACACACACACACCGGCCAUUGUUGUGUGAGUCGGUGUGUCUCGCCCCGGCGUGCAGACACGCUGCGAGAGUGAGUUUCACGCGCAGGCCCGACCACAGCACACAACAAACUACAGCGACGGGCCUCCUUAACAAAAACACGGUCGGGGAAAGAGAGCGUAGGAUUCAGUCGUCUUAUUGCAGAUUCAUGCGACUGCCGACGGUUCUCCCGCGAUAUCACGCGAGCCGAUUGGGCGUCGAGCCCUCGUUUGUGUGGCGAAGGCGCACAGAUGAGACGGAAAUAGACCCUGGUAAUAAGCGCGGAUUAAUCUGAGAGUUAAACGCGUUACCGAUGUGCGGUUAGUCCGCUGUUUUUUCUUCUUCUUCUCUUGUUAUUGCCGUCGGUCUGACGAGCUAAGGAAGUAUGAGCGGCAAGGGGACAGCCUCGCCGAAAGAGAAGGAGGAAACGGAGAAGAGGGGGCGUGGAAGACCCCGCAAGCAGCCCCAAGUAAAGACCGCUGACGAACCAAGCGGGUCCCCUGCGCCAAAGAGGUCCAGAGGGCGGCCGAAGGGCAGCAAAAACAAGACGGCCACUAAGGGCAAAAAGGCGGCGGCGGCGGCGGCGGCAGCUCCUGCUGCAGGGGGGAAACGUAGGGGAAGACCUAAGAAGGAGGAGAAGGAAGAAAAGGCAUCCCAGGAAUCGUCUGACGAGGAGGAGGAAGAUGAAGAAGACCAGUAAUUACAACGCAUGCUACCUCACUCGACAUACUGACUUACUGUUAACCAGAACUGGGCUGUACCUGCAACACCAGGUGCCACCACAUGACCACUGUUCACGACAACGCCCUCUUUGCCAAAAGGAGGGUUAACGCAGUACAAAUAUCAUGCAGCAGCACUGGAUAGAACGAUGGACCUAAGAAUUACAUGAAAGGUAACGAGUCCUUUUCUCAACACGUCAUGUUAUCACAAGUCUUUUAUACUGGACAAAAGUGUGCUCCGAGGAGCCUGGACAUUUCCGUUUUUCCCCUAAAGAUGGUUUGUAGGACAUUUUCUCUGCUUAACGUUACUUUUUCUGUUGAACCUGCAUCUGAGAUGGUAGGGCAAAUAGAUUUUUUUUUGGAUUUUUUUUCCCAUGUUUUGUACUGGACAAAGGUGAAUUUUACCUAUACUUAUUUUUUUCGUUUUGUGUGAAGUGGUUAACCUAUCUGUUGCAUCGUAUUCUAGAUGGAGUUGAGCUUCAGUGUUUAAGAUGAGAUAACAGGCGGUAGGGGAGUAUUUUCCCGCUUUUUAAGAACGACAUUAACCGAUUUUGUUCCCCUCAUCCCACCAGUAGAGCAGAAUCGUCUUGACCACCUCUUGCCCCAUCCAGUCGGGCAGUUUAGGUAUAGUUGCGCUUCUAAAACUUCCUUCAAGGUCCUCUCUGUGUGUGUGUGUGUGUGUGUGUGUGUGUGUGUGUGUGUGUAGUUGGGAGCUGUAAAGUGUAUUGUUAGUCUGAUUACUUACUGUUUGGUUCCUUCGGGUUACAUACCAUUUGGAGAGAAGCAAAAAACCAAGGGUGUGCUGCUUUUUUCAUGUUGUAAUAAAACUCAAAUCUGUUUUUGGUAUGAUGUGUGUUUUUAAGGAUGGAGUAGGCAGAGUUCUAGGCAGAGAGCAUCGGUGUCAUUUCUUCAGGGAGCUUUUACAAAUGAAUAUACACUUUUAUUAAUCCCCAAGGGGAAAUUAGUUCCCAAAUGCUGGUACAUCGGCGUUUUCACACGGUCCUCAGUUUCCACGCGCGCCCCCAAUCACUCGUAAAGGCAAAUUGCAAUUAGUCGAACAAGGAGUUUGAUCGUACCAGAGGACAGUCGAUGGUAAUUACUGUUUAACAGGGCUGCAAGUUUUCCAUUCCAUCUCUCGCUCUCACUGCCUCACCUAGGUCCUUCUGUCCUCUCCUAGAGCAGCGAUCUACUUCGUCUGUAUGAAGAUGCGUGUUGUAUUUCUAAGUGUCAGGGAACCGCAGUCGCAGUCCACUUAACUGGGUUUUUCCACACCCCUAACUAAGCUGCUACAACCUCAGUUACGAACCCGGAAAACUGCAAACGGGCGAUACAAGGCCCGCAAUUUCAUACCUCACUCGACAGCUUACUUUACCGUGUAAUUUAACUGGGUUUGUUUUUAAAUGUAACUUCUGGCGUGAGUUUUUUAUUUUUAUUUUUACGUUUCUUUGUUUUGUUUUAACCUGACAUGUCAUGCGAUACCCAAGAUGUCAUAUUUUGUGAUUGUGAGCGCGACACGCAGCACGUCUCGGCUCGCUCGUAACCGGAGCUCGCAGACGACAGGUUAAUGUGUGAAGCGAGUCGGGGAGACGACUGCGUUCGCUGACUGGUAGAUUAGCGCGUGUGUGUGUGUGUGUUUUUAAUUCUUCUGGUGCACUGAAAUGUUUGGUUCAGAUAUUCAUGGACAAAUGUUUGCGAUCGACUGGGCGCUCUUUCCACUAAACUGUUCCAUGGGCCGCCGUGUGUUCGGCACACGCAGCCCCCCCCCCCCCCCCAUGCUCAUACAACGGUCUUUUCAUGUAUCUUUCCCAACAUCCUCAAACUACUCUGGACAAUAUUGGUAUCAUUGAUUUUUUUUUUUUCAUGCCAACAUCUUGCAUCCGUUCAUUUAUAUACUGUAAACUCAAUAGGAUGGGAUCAUUCUUUUUAAUGUACACCGUAUAUAAAUGUACAAUGUCUAUAUUUCUAUGGUGCCCUACAACAAUUUGUAUCAGAAAUGGUCAAUAAAGAAUUUGUUUUUGUCAA